UAUAUCUCUGUUAAUCCAACACCAAAUUCAUAGAAAAAGUUGAGAAUUUUCAAUGGAGCCUGCAAAUAACGGAAAGGUUACAUGCGGGUCAUGGAUCAAAAGACCCGAAAAUGUCAAUUGGGUUGUUCUGGGCAAGUCAGCAAAAUCUUCUUCUCCAGUUCUUCAGAUUUUCUCGUUUGAUUCCAUUACCACGUCUCUGUCUUCUUCUCCUCUGGGUAGUUAUGUGCUAGAAGAAAGUGAUGGUGAUCCUGAGACAAUUGCAGUGCAUCCUAGUGGAGAUUAUUUUGUUUGUUCCACUACUAAAGGUGGUUGCAAAUUAUUUGAGUUGCAUGGUCAAGCAACAAAUUUAACAUUGUCGGCUAAAAAAUUACCUCCUCUACAAGAUGUCGGUCCACAAAAAUGUCUAGCUUUUAGUGUUGAUGGAUCAAGAUUUGUUACUGGCGGAGUGGAUGGACGCCUCAGAAUUUUGGAAUGGCCAAGCCAACGGAUAAUUUCUGAUGAACGAAAAGCACAUAAAUCUUUUCGGGAUAUGGAUGUUAGCCUAGAUUCAGCAUUUUUAGCUUCAACAUCUACUGAUGGUACUGCAAGAAUAUGGAAUUUAGAAGAUGGUUUGCCUUUGACUACUUUGACCCGCACCUCGGACGAAAAGAUUGAAUUAUGUCGAUUCUCCAAAGAUGGGACAAAACCAUUUUUGUUUUGUGCUGUUCAGAGAGGUGAUAAAGCUUACACUGCUGUAUAUGACAUAAGUACAUGGAAUAAAAUUGGGUAUAAGAGGCUGCUUAGGAAACCGGCUUGUAUAAUGUCAGUCAGCUUGGAUGGGAAAUAUCUUGCUCUAGGAAGCAAGGAUGGAGACAUUUGUGUAGCUGAAACAAAGAAAAUGGUUGUUAGCCAUUGGAGCAGGAGGCUACACCCUGGUACAGCCAUUACAUCUCUAGAGUUCUGUCCUAAUCAAAGAGUUGUGCUUACUACUUCUAAUGAAUGGGAGGCAGCAGUCACUAAGCUAAAUGUACCUGCAGAUUGGAAAGAGUGGCAGAUUUAUUUGCUGCUUAUAGGACUAUUUUUGGCAUCUGCCGUGGCGUUUUACAUUUUCUUUCAGAAUUCUGAUUCAUUUUGGAACUUUCCUAUGGGAAAACAUCAAUCUGGAAGACCAAAGUUCGAGACAGUUUUCCAAGAUCCGCAGUCCGAUGAUGUAUUCGGGCCUGUCGAUCUCUGAGCAUUUGUUUGAUUCCGUAAUCGCUCCAGAAGUUGUGGAAAGUGCUAGAUACUAUUUGCAUCAUGGUUCAGCAUAAGCUUUACCCAUUUGCUAGUUUUUGCAGAUUGAGUUUGUUUUAGGAAAAUAAAGUGUAGCAUGUAGUUGCUGUUUUUCCUUUUGUUUUCUCAGGAAACAUUUAACCAAACAUAGACUUGCUAUAAAGACACUCAACUUGGCAAUGAGAAUUCUUUUCAUGAUGUUUGUAAAUUA